AUGUCCGAAGUGCCCGCGUCACCGGGCACCAUGACGACAACGGAACAACAGCAGCAGCAGCCGCCGCCGCCGCAGCCGCCGCCGCAGCACCCCCACCAAGCGUUGCCACAAGUCGCCAUGAGCGCCAGCGGCGCAAGCAACACAAGCACCGGCUCCUCACGCCGCGCCGUAGCCUCGUCCGGCUCCUCGUCCUCCCACUCAGCUAGCCGUGCCACACCCGCGACGGCCCUGGGCGCCCGCAACCCGGCCGUCGCUUUCCAUCAGCCUCCUGCUGCUGCUCAGCCGCCGCAACCCCAGCAGCAGCAGCAGCAGCAGCAGCAGCACGCCACUCCGCCGUCGCCGCUCCUCGCGACGCUGCCGUCGGCCGAAACGCAGCGCCACAUUGCCGAGGCGCGAGCGGCGGUGGUGGCGUCCAUGGGCAACAUGCUGGAUACGGAGCUGCAGGGUCGGGCGCAAAUGCUGCACGACAACGCGGGCGCGCUGGACAGGCAGGAGCGGGACGUGCUGGCGGCGACGGAUGCGCUGCGGCGGGAGCGCGAGCGGCUGGCGCGCGAGGCCGACGGCGCGGCGCGGCGUCUCAAGGAGGUGGGCAACGUGCAGAACUGGGCCGAGGUGCUGGAGCGCGGGUUCCUGGUGCUGGAGGAGACGGUCAGGCUGGCGAACCGCCGCGGUGGUAGUGGUGGUGGUGGUGACGACUCGCGGUCCGGGUCUGGGUCCGGGUCUGGGAGCGAGUGCAGCUGCAGCGACUGCGGGCGGACGCUGGAAGGAGAGCAGCCCGCGGACGCGGAGGAAGAGUUGGAUGAGGUGGAUGGUGAGGGAAGGGGGGGGCAAGGAAAGGGCAAGGCAAAGGCAAAGGAGAUUGAUGUGGCAAUGAACGGCCUAGAAAUCACGUCUGACGCAAGUCAAAGCUUGUUUGAUGAGGAGUCGAGCACGGCAGAUGGCACGGGCAAGGCCAAAAACUCGGAGACGGCGUCUCUGUCCACGAUGUGCUGA